AUGGGCAAGUCCAAGAUGAGAGACUUUGACCCCGAGUCGUUACUCGAUCCCGCGCCCAGCUCAAGCGAAGACGAGCGCUCCGAUGCCGACCUUUCUGAUGUACACGACGAUACAAACGCGGGGCGCGAGCACUACGUUGAUGUUGGCAAGAGCAAGCUGCGCAAGAAGGAAGUUGUGCCCCUCGGCAAGCAGUAUGCAGGAAAGGGCGUCAGCCGUCAGGACCUUGAGAAUAGUGAUAGUGACGACCCCUUCGCCAAGGGCUUCGACGACGACAUGGAUAGCGAGGAGGAUAGCGAGGAGGGGAGUGAGGAGGGGAGUGAAGAAGGGAGUGAAGAGGGCAGCGAAGAGGCAGACUUCUCCGAGGGACUGAACGCUCUGAUCGACGGACAAGAAGACUCUGAAGACGAGGAGGAUGAUGAUGAGGAUGACAAAGACGACAGCGAUGAAGACGUGGAUAUGGACGCUGCAGAAGACUCGGAAGACGACGACACUGACGAUGAGUCUGGCGACGACGCAAAGUCAGGCGCCGCUGUGCGUGACCUCAUGAAAGACGCCAAGUCGCUCACCUCGACGCUCGCCGCCGGAGCGCAGUCGGACGUGGCCAAGGGCCAGGCGGUGAAGACGCAGCGCAAGACAUUCGAUACGCUGCUGAACACGCGCAUCCGGCUGCAGAAGGCGCUUAUCUCGACCAACUCGAUGCUGGCCAAGCCGUACAAGGAGGAAACGGCGCCCGAUGCAUCCGUCUCGGCGGCUGAAGCAGCUGCCCUCACGCUGCUCAACAACCUGACCGACCUGCGCAUCUCACUAGAGGAAUCCCGGACAGGCGAGAAGCGCAAGCGCACGGCGUUCGAUGCCGACACGUCGUCAGCCGACAUGUGGGCUUCGAUACGCGGCACGGAGAAGUCGGCGCUGCCGCACAGGAAGGCGGUCCUCGAGCGGUGGUCCAACAAGACCAAAGCCACGACCGUCACCAACAACAAAGCUCGCCUCAACGCCUCGGCACAGCAGACGCUCACCGAGGUGCUCGACUCUCAACUCACAUCGGCGCACCUCGUGACGCGCACGCAGACACCGCGCUCGUGCGCCCCGCUGCAAUCUGCCCACAAGGGCGCGCAGCCCGACGCUGCCAUCUACGACGACGCGGACUUUUACGGGCUGCUCCUCAAGGAGCUGCUGGAGCAGCGAUCAGCGGACGCGAAUGCCAAUGGCACGUCCGAGUUUGUGGUGCAGGCACCCUGGCAGGUGGCGAGAGAAGCCAGGACCAAGAAGGUGGUGGACACCAAGGCCAGCAAGGGCAGACGGCUACGCUACACGGUGCAGGAGAAGCUGCAGAACUUCAUGGCACCCGAGGAGCGCGGGGAGUGGGGGGAGAGGCAGAGGGACGAGCUGUUUGGGAGCCUGUUCGGCAAGCGACUGAGGCUGGGCGAGGAGGAUGUCGAGAGCGAGGCGGAGAGCGAGGGGGCAGCCGAGGAGGCAGGGCUCAUGUUGUUUAGAAGCUGA